AUGUCGUCGUCUAAAGCAGGCAAGGGCGGUGUCCGAGAUGAAGAUCUCUCAACGGAAUCCGUCGAAGUGCUGCGGGAACGGUUAAACACCAUGAAACGGCUGAUUGCCGAGCGCCAGAACAGCGGCAGCGGCGGAAGCGGAAGCGCAUCGUCGGAUAUGUGGGGCCCACACACGCGGGCCUCCAGCUGCAGUGGCAUCAUCGAUGGCAACUUCCUGAGCGUGGCCUUCGGCGGCGCCCUGAUCGUGAUCCUGUCCGUGUCCGUGUACGCGUUCUACAAUCUGUAUCACGCCGUGCUGAAGAAGUUUCCCUCACAGCACACGGAAUUGUAAGCCCGACGGGGCCCGA